GGUUGUCUCUUCGGGUAUGGAGCUUAUGUUAUGGGAAGGGGAACUGUAAUUCCGUGCUGUCUGUGGAGGUGAUUACACUGAAAGAAUCCAAUCAUUGCUGGUUCCAGCAUACCUGGAGAGUUCCACGAAACCUCAACUGCAGAAGGCCCAGCAGCGGCUAGGACCACCCUUUAUGACCCUUGACCACCAGAUCAUCAGCCAGAGUCUCAGGCAUUCCCACCCUCCAUCACCAAGCUGUGUGCUUUUGACACAGUAUGGACACACAAGUCCAGACAGAGAUACUGGCCUCAUAGGAACUCAUCACACCGAGUUACUAACUCUGGGGAAAGAUAAUGGCAGCGUGGAAUGGCAUGUGGAGGAUGUCAUUGAGGACAUAAUCAGCAUGGAAUCAACUUUUAAAGAGAAAGGAACACACACUCCUCUGGUAAUGCAAAGAACAUUAUCUGGAGGUAUUUUGGAUGUAUAUAGUGGUGAGCAGGGAAUUUUACCAGUUAAUAUGGGCCUUACAAGUGCUUCCUGCCCAAGUAAUCUACCAAUGAAAAAAGAAAUUACAGCAGAAACUGACCCAAGAGCUUUAACAAAAGAGAGACAAAAAAAAGACAAUCAUAACCUCAUUGAACGAAGAAGAAGGUAUAAUAUCAAUUACCGAAUCAAGGAGCUUGGCACUCUUAUUCCAAAGUCUAAUGAUCCUGAUAUGCGCUGGAACAAAGGAACCAUUCUGAAAGCAUCAGUGGAGUACAUCAAGUGGCUACAAAAAGAACAACAGAAGGCCCGAGAGUUAGAACACAGACAGAAGAAAUUAGAGCAGGCGAACAGGCGACUUCUUCUCCGGAUUCAGGAACUAGAAAUACAGGCUCGUGCCCAUGGGCUGCCAGCCCUGACUUCACUUGGCAUGAUUGAUUUAGAGGCUCACAUCACCAAACAGCAGAGUCACCCUGAACAAAAUUCAGUAGACUAUUGCCAACAACUUACUCCAUUUCAGAGAACAAGUCCUGAACUCUGUGAUCACGCUGUGGCCUUCUCUGAUCCUUUGUCACACUUCACAGAUUUAUCAUUUAGUGCUGCUUUGAAAGAGGAACAAAGAUUGGAUAACCUGCUACUGGAGGACACAAUAUCCCCAUUCGGAACAGAUCCUCUGCUAUCUGCCACUUCCCCCUCAGUUUCCAAAACAAGUAGCAGGAGAAGUAGCUUUAGCUCAGAGGAUGGAGAUGAGUUAUAAGAAAUGCAAGUUCAAUCCAUCAAGUAGGAAACAAUUCCAUGUUGGUGCUAUGGUCUGUGUUUCAUACGUUGCUUUUGCUCCAUUUUUUUUUUUUCUGAAAGAAAUAAAUAGUUAACAAAUAACUGACUAGGAGCCGAAGGGAGACUUACAGAAAGGCCAAUCCUGAUUCUGAAGAAUUAUAGAGGACGACAAUGAUGUUUUGCCCUUUUUCUACAUAGUUCAAAUCUACUUAAGUUUUGUUUUCCUUGUAAGCAACAAGUCUGUAUUAAUAGCUUAAAAACUGAAAUGUUGAUAAGGUACUAGCAGACUGUGAGGAGUGAAUUGACUGAAAGAUGAAACCCUUAUCUUGGUCCUUCUCUUUCAUAUGCUACUAUUCACCUCUUACACCUGCUCUUAAGAAUCAACAAAUCCAGUGAAUAUUGCCUCUUUAUGUUGUCUCUUUAUGUUGUCCAGAGUUCAAGCCUGAUGAGGAAAUAUUUACAGAUUUGUUUGUCAUGUAAUUGAAAAUGAAUCUAUAAUCAACCUGAGAAUUUAUUAAAAUAAAGAGAAUUUAUUUUUAAAAAAUUGGUUAAUAAAAUUUGAUCCUAAUGCUUUUGGUCAGCUCAAUAUCACUAAUUCUAAAAGUGUUCUGACACAUUUAUGUCUGUGCUUUCUAUUCAGAGGAAGAGAAAAACAUUGAAUAAUUUUCUUCAGCACCUAAUUAAGAAUUUCAUCAUUUCACAUAAACAUCUACACAUGUGUACACAAUUUGGAUAGGGCAUCUUAUUUUUUUUUCUUUCUACUGAUAUUCUAAUUAGCAACAAAAAUCACAUCACAAAUUCUCCUUAGUCCUUCAAGAGCUGCUAGACAGAGCUGGGAAUAUGGCCUAGUGGUAGAAUGCUUGCCUCACAUACAUGAAGCCCUGGGUUUGAUAUUUCAGCACCACAUAAAGAGAAAA